CCGUAUACCAUAUUGGCGACGAUUUCGAGUCUACGCGAAGUUUAACAGUGUCAUUUACAAGUACCUAAAUAUGGCCAUCGGUAAAUUAGAAGUGUUUAAUGUUGAGUCGGACAGCUGGUCGACUUACGUGGAACGGUUGGAACAAUAUUUCGUUGUCAACGAAACAAAGGAAGAACACAAAGUGCCGACGUUGAUAACGGUUAUGGGAAAUCAAGCCUACGAACUAUUAGUAACCCUGUGUACACCCGAUAAACCGGCAAGUAAAAAAUUUGCGGAUUUAGUGAAAGUGAUGAGCGGCCAUUUGCAACCGAAACCGAGUUUGUUAGCAGAGCGAUACCGGUUUCGUAACAGGAAACAAAAGACGGGUGAAUCGGUGGCGGAUUUUGUUGCAGAUCUCAAAAAGUUAGCAAAGCAUUGCGUCUUUGGGACCCAGCUGACAGAAAAUUUAAGGGAUCAGCUAGUGUGUGGGCUUUGUGAUGAAACAAUACGGCAGCGGUUGUUUACCGAAGAUAAUAUUGCGUUUGACCGGGCAUUACAAGUGGCGGUAGCGAUGGAGGCAGCGCAGACAAACGCAGCGGCAGUAGUGGAGGGUCGGGCAAAAGGCUUGGAAGGCAGCCCGAGUACGUCGAGUGGUUGUCAUGCGGUAUCAGCGCAAUCAUGGCGCGGCAGGAGAGCGAUGACGUCAUACCGAGCGACCAACAACAAGGAGACGCGGCCGCCUGGUAACAGCGCGGCACAACCUUUGGGGUCCAGGCGCCAGGACCAGGCACCUCGAGAUUGGCGCCGUACCGAACAAACAACACCACGCACUUCAUCGGGGCCGGAAUGUAGUGUUUGUGGUCGGCCGCAUGACUCAUCGAGUUGUAGAUUUGCAAAUUAUGUUUGUCGCGUGUGUAAUCAGCCGGGGCAUUUGAAGAAGAUGUGUCCUAGAUACCGUGAAGUAUUUGCGGAGGGGCUCGGGCGGUACACGGGUGGCGAGGUGAGUCUGCGAGUGCGCGAGGGCGCGAGGCCCGUGUUCCUGCGCGCGCGACCGCUGGCGUACGCGCUGCGCGAGCCGGUGGAGCGCGCGCUGGAUCAGCUGGAGCGCGACGGCGUCAUCACGCCGGUAGACUCGUCGGACUGGGCCACACCGAUCGUACCCGUCGUCAAGACGGACGGAACCAUUAGGUCAGGGUGGCCCUCUCACAACUCGCACGCCGAUCUACAACCCUAUUUCAUAAGGAAGAACGAGUUAUACUUAGACUCUGGUUGCGUUAUGUGGGGUUAUAGGAUUAUUAUUCCGCCGGGACUUAGGGAACAAAUCCUUCAGGAACUACAUGUAGGACACCUAGGAAUAGUAAAAAUGAAGGCCGUUGCCCGAAGCUACGUGUGGUGGCCCGGUAUUGAUGCCGACAUCGAGGCGUGCUGCGCGGGUUGUCACACGUGCGCAGUGGAGGCACCGGCGCCGCCGCGCGCGCCGGUUAAGCCGUGGGAGUACCCCGGGGAGGUAGUUUCGGACAACGGGCCUCCAUUUACUAGCAGGGAGGUGGAUACCUUCAUGCGAUAUUAUGGUAUUACUCAUACUUUUACACCCGCAUACCACCCGGCAUCAAAUGGGGCCGCCGAGACAGCUGUUAAGUUGUGCAAAAGGGCGCUCAAAAAGGCAGUUAGAGAUCAAGUAGACGUGGAAGAGGCUCUUCAGGAAUAUUUGAUGGCGUAUAGGAAUACUCCCCACAGCACCACAGGACAAACACCGGCCAUGCUUCUCCAAAGGCGGGCAUUGCGUUGCCGUCUGGACAUGUUACGGCCCGGUCGCGGGCUCGAGCAGCGUGUGGAGGCGGCACAAGAAAGGCAGGUGCAGCAGGCGGGGGGUACAGAUAGGGCGUUCCGGAUAGGAGACCUUGUGUGGUUUAGGGAUUACAGCUCGGGGGAGAAAUGGCUUAAAGGGAAGGUGGAUAGCUUGAUAGGUUCUAGGACUGUGUUAGUGGUAAAGGAAAACGAUUUAUCAACUAGGUUUAAGAGGCAUGUAGAUCAAGUUAGAGCGCGAUCACCAGUUUCCGCGUUGGCGUGGCCUGGUCCGAUGGAUCAUCCUGGAAUCACCCAACUACCACCGAUGCCACCCGUGCCGUCGUCAGUGCAGAGGCCUCGUCGGAAUGUACCGCCGGUUGAUCACUAUGGUGAUCCUCUUUUAUAUUAG